UCAUCAACGCUGCACAAAGUGUAGAUAUCAGCUGAUUUAGACGUUUUAAUUCAUUUAUAAUUAUUUCACCAAAUUUGACACGAAUAAGAAAAUAUUACAAAUGACAUAAUUACGUGCACGUAUAGUGAACAAUCUGGAAUGACAUUAACUUAUUGAUAUGUCGGUGUGAUUCAAUGAGCAGUCAAAAUGAUAACACAGCGCAAAAGGAUAAGGCAAUAAAAAACUAUUUCUUCCAUAAAUAGCUAUAGAAUUUUUAAUAUCAAACAAAAUGAAUAAUAUAUCUGGACAAUUUCGUAAAACAAUAUGGGAUCCUUUUCUCAUAAUAUCUCAAAUAAUAGCUGUUCAAUCUAUCAUGUAUGUCUGUCUUGGAUUAUGGAUUUGGAUCAUUGCUCUAUUCCUUGGAUCCACAAAGUCAUUAGAUUAUGCUUUUCAUUAUAAGGAAAUACAUGUCCGAGAUUUUGCUGGCCAACUUACCAUAAUCAUUUUCAUUUUAAAUGCAUUAAUUGGUGCAUUUGCAUUGUGGUGGUUAGUGCAAAGAACAAAACAAUGUAUGGACUUUGCAUGUACAGCACAUCUAAUACACUUAUUGUGUUGUUGGGUAUACAAUGCAAGUUUUCCUUCAACUUUUAGUUGGUGGUGUUUAAAUAUUGUAUCGUUAAGUAUAAUGUGUGUCUGUGGUGAAUUUCUUUGUAUGAAAACUGAAUUACAAGCAAUACCAUUAGGUAUGAACAGUCAUAAAACAGCUUUGUAA